GCUGGCUUAGGUUGCGAGUACCUAGCCGUGUCUGUCUCUCUGGAUUUGUUGUUGUAGAAGCCCGUGUAACAAGGGGAGAAGUCUUCGGGUUUCGCUUAAUCGCGGGUGCAGUUGCUAGCUGACAUAACUUUUGCGUUCAGAUACGACGUUGAGGAACUGAAAUUAAUAUAUUUACACGAUGGAGUCUGCAAAUCAAGACAUUAACCUCAACUCUCCCAACAAAGGCCUGGGGGUGGACUCUCUGACAGACGUGCCAGUGGGUGGAGCUGCCAGCAACGCCAGUAAUGCUGCCAGUACGGUGCCCCUCGGCCUGACUGAGGAGGAAGCAGAGGAGCUGAGGACUGAGCUGUCUAAGGUGGAGGAGGAGAUACACACCCUGCGACAGGUGCUCUCCGCUAAAGAGAAACACUCAUACGAGCUCAAGAGGAAACUGGGCCUAAGUCCCCUGAAUGAGUUCAAACAGAACAUUACCAAAGGCUGGCAGGACGUCCAGACCUCUAAUGCCUAUGUGAAAGCCACCGAGAAACUCGGGGAGUGGAAUGAGAAAGUUGCCGGUUCUGAUUUAUAUCUUUCAGCUUCGGCAACUUUGGAGGACAUAAGCCGAAGUGAAGCGUAUAAGAAGACUCAGGAAACACUAACUCAGGCCGGCCAGAAGACGUCUGCUGCCCUGUCCACCAUGGGCACAGCCAUCAGCAAGAAACUGGGAGACAUGAGAGCUCUACCUUUUUCACAUUCAUUUGGUAGCAACUACUCCAUUCGCCAUUCAAUAAGUAUGCCUGCAAUGAGGAACUCCCCGACAUUCAAAUCCUUCGAGGACAAAGUUGGAAAUAUCAAGGUAAGGCUGUAGCACAAGGUUGUGGGCGGCCGAGGCGAUGGAGAAGGAGUCCAGUCCCCAGCUGAAACGAAAUCAGUUCAGGACAAUGCUCCCUUCUGAAGCGCCUAUCACCGGACUGUGCCGUCACUGCAUCACUGAGAACCCCCACCCCCCACCCCCCACCAUCAACACACCUUACACCACAUAUGCUCUCAGCUGAUCAACCCCUCCACUUCCUUCCCCUCUCCCCCUCAUCUACUAAAGCAUGGCAUAUCCCAUUUCAUUGUACAAAUACUAUACUGCAAAGAAAAGUAGGGUUAUAUCAUAUCGCCACAAGUUGUAAAAAUGUUUAACCAUUUUGUAUUAUAAACUAUUUUACACUGCUUUGCAUAAUGUUUUUACAUAACUUUUAUCAAUAUAUAAAUAUAUACAUAAAUAUAUAUUUAAACAGUACUGCCAACUGGCAUUCAUUCGUAGGUAGGGGGACUCAAAAGAAAAACCAAAAAAAAAAAAAAAAAAAAAAACUUUAAAGAAUGUGAAAUGGAUUUAAAAAUAUGAAAAGUAAAAUGUCAGUUUUGUAUCCAAAAUCCUCUCAUGCUGAGCUAAAAUUUAUGUCCCUUUUUUCCCCACAAAGUACAAUGUGACACAAUGCUAUACUGUACACCAGGUGGAUGUGGAAUCUAAACUCUCAAGCCUUAUAAAAUUCCGCACUUACCUGUGGUUGAAAAGACAGUUGAAAGACUUCUCCCAUUAUUUUUGUUCUUUUUCCAUGUUCGAGUGUUGAAAGGGAUAAGGCCACCGCUUGUGUUUUUGUAGGUUCAGAUGCAUGCUUUGUGCCAUAUUUAGAAAAGAUCAACCGCCAUGUAGAGAGCUGCCAUUUUAAUGAUAAAUACACAGACCACCCUUUCCUUACCAGUGCCACCUGUGAGUUAUGCUAAGCUGGGUCUCCAUUGUGUACUUAUCCAGCCUUUUCACCAUUGAUAGAUGCCAGGGGUUCUAGCAAACCAUUCAUAACAUUAAUGAAAUCCGCCUAAGGGUUGUACACAAAUUACAGUCUAUUUGGUAGCACAGUCACUUUUUUUUUUUAUCGUGAAGUAGAUUGUAUUUUUUUUUUUUUUUUUUUGGCCACCUUACGUGUUGUUCAGUUAUUUUGGGAUAGUGUGUUUUAUUUAUCCUUGUUAUGUUUCCUUUAUUUGUGUGUUAUGGAUUGCUUUUAUAGGUCAUAUUAUUUAGGUAAUUAAUUUCUUGUGGUAUUUUAGUGAUUUCUGUUUCAUUGAAAACCUGCUGCCAAUAUUUGUUGACUGUUCUGGUUUACUAAUGUCUCUGUACAUAAUCCACUUAAAUUUGGCCAAUAACAAGAAAAGGCUGAUUUGUCCCUAGUUUAUGUAGAGCUGCAAUUGACAUUAAAAAAUAAACACUAUGGGAAGGGUGAAAAAUUACAUAUAUUAUUGAUUAACUGUAUUCUAGCUUAUGUAGACACAAUGAAAAUAGCUUUAAUCUGUUAAGCAUAGAUGUAGAAAUUAAAGGGAUCAGAUUGUUUGGAUUGGAAGCAAUUAUCAUUUUGUUUCUGUCGUAUAUGUUUGAAUAUCAAUAAAGCAUUCCUUUAAACCUG